GGGUGGCAUUGGGGCGGGGCAAGAGGGCUACCUUCCCAGUGUCCAGCAGCCUGUAUAGGCAGAGAUCCCUGAGGGAACGUGAGCCAGAAGACAGGAGGCCUGUCAGCACCGAGCUGUUCUGGGGCUCAGCCCCCGCAGGGCCGUGGGGGCAGCCUGGGCUGGGACCUCACUGCAGGCUCCUGACACCCAUGGAUUUAGCUUGGUGGUCUGGAAAUAUCAGGGCCAGGCUGUGGGGAUUUGGCUGGGACUCGCCUUCCAGCUGGACAGAGGACUGUGGGGGAAGAACACAAAUGAGGAGCAGGACGGUGGCCCUGCAGGGGUCCCACAGGCAGGAGAACAUGAGUAGCCCCCCAUCCCAAGAAGAGACCCAGGCUUAUUGUGUCCAUACAGGAAUCUCACUCCUGGAGCCUGAAUUGAGGGAUGGGCAUGGAUAUUGAAGCCCAGGCUUGGCCCUGGAGCAGAGGGGGGACUCCUGGAUGGGGUGUCCCUUGGUGGGAGCACCAGGAGGGGCAGAAGUGGGGUACAAUGAAGCCUCCUCUUCAGAUGCUCAGAUCUUGGGAUGUAGAACUCCCCAAGGACAGAGUGGGACAUUCAGGUGCACAGCUUAGGGAGGUCUGGGAAGUUGAGGGCGUCUGGAGUAUGGAGAUGGUCUGCCCUGGGCCAGGGGUUUUGGGAGGCACCAAGCUCCGGAGAUGUCCACAGACAGUCCUGGGAAGGGUUCCCCAGGGACAGUUCCCUCCAGGGCUGCCCGGCUCCAGGUCCUCCAGCAGCCGGACCACCUAUCCCUCCUCUAGCCAGGCUGGUGCCAGGGCUGUUUUGGUCCUGAGCCCCAGCCUCAAGGGCAGAGAUGGCUGGUGUGCCAUAGGCCGGGGCUGGCUUAGUCACAGACAGUAGCACCAGUUUUCCCAGCAGCAAGCUCCAGCACCAAGCCUUAGCUCUCAGUUCUGAUAAGAGAGGCAAGACACAAAAAACAGAGGUCACGGGAGUCCUGGGGGCCUUCCUGGAGGUGGAGCCACUGAUGAGGAUGGCCAGAUAGAUGCAUACGGUGAGAAGCUGAGCGGUGUGACUGAUGGCCGGGGUGUCCAGGCUGCACUGUCCACGCGGAGGGCGGAGGACUCUAGUGAGAGCCGUGAGGAGGAGCAGCCUGAAGGUUGGGACCCAAGCAUGCUGUUUCCUGGAGGGGCUGGGAGGCCACCCCCACUGAACCUCACCCAUCAGGCACCCCCAUGGCAGGAAGAGUACAAGGGGCAGGCGAACCUGCACGUGUUUGAGGACUGGUGUGGGGGCGCCGUGGGCCAGCUGAGGAGGAACCUGCACUUCCCACUGUUCCCUCAUACUCGCACCACUGUGAAGAAGUUGGCUGUGUCCCCCAAGUGGAAGAACUAUGGACUUCGGAUUUUUGGCUUCAUCCACCCAGCAAGAGAUGGAGAUGUCCAGUUCUCUGUGGCAUCAGAUGACAACUCUGAGUUCUGGCUGAGCCCAAAUGAGAGCCCAGCGGGUGCCCAGCUGGUGGCCUUUGUGGGCAAGACUGGCUUGGAGUGGACGGCACCUGGAGAAUUCACCAAGUUCAGCUCCCAGGUGUCCAAGCCCAGGCGGCUCACAGCCUCCCGGAAGUACUACUUUGAGCUGCUGCACAAACAGGAUGACCGAGGCUCUGACCACGUGGAAGUGGGCCCGGGUUCCCACCGUGACCCGCCAGUCUUGGCCUUGACCACCAUCUCCCUCCCCCAGUGGCGUGCCUUCCUGCCGGGCCUCAAGUUCGAGGUCAUAGACUCAGCUCACAUCUCCCUGUACACAGAUGAGUCGGCCCUGAAGAUGGACCAUGUGGCCCAUGUCCCCCAGUCUCCAGCCAGCCAUGUGGUGGGGCGCUUGCCCCAGGAGGAGCCCAGAGCAGACAUGCUCCGACCCGACCCCAGAGACACCUUCUUCCUCACUCCCCGCGUGGAGCCUUCGCGUCUGGAGGACGUGCUGGAGCCCUGUGCCUACGCCCCCACCUACGUGGUCAAGGACUUCCCCAUCGCGAGAUACCAGGGGCUGCAGUUUGUGUACCUGUCCUUCGUCUACCCCAAUGACCACACGCGCCUCACCCACAUGGAGACCGACAACAAGUGCUUCUACCGCGAGUCCCCGCUGUACCUGGAAAGGUUUGGGUUCUACAAAUAUAUGAAGAUGGACCGGCAGGAGGGUGAGGGAGGUGACGAGGAGGAGGUGCAGCGUCGAGCCUUCCUCUUCCUCAGUGCGGACGACUUCCUGGACGACGAGGAUGACGCAGAGCUGCUGGACAGUCUGGAGCCCACCGAGGCGCGCCCCCCACGAGGUGGCCUCCCCUUUCCUACCACCGAGGCUGGACCUGCGCGCACCUCUCCGACUCCUCCCAGCCCCCAGGGCCAGGCGACCCCCAGGCGCUCCCGGGCACUGAGCUGGGCCGCCCGGGCCGCGCACCCGCUGCCCCUCUUCUUGGGCCGUGCCCCGCCGCCCCGCGCCGCAGCUGAGCAGCAGUCCCCGAAGGUGUAUGUGACGCGGGUACGUCCUGGCCUACGGGCGCUCCCGCGAGCUCUGGCACCGCUCAGGCCACGCGGCCCACCCUGGCCGCCCUUCCCCGGCAUCUUCCUGCACCCCAGACCUCUGCGCAGGGUGCAGCUACGGGCACCCCCACGCCUGCCGCAGUCCCGAAGCCGGAAGACUGGCAGUCCCCAGGCCACAGAGCUGAGUUCCACAGGCCGGGCACAGGCCGCCCCCGGGAGCCGGGAGGGCCAAGCACGUGCACCUGGACUCGUGGCACCCACAGUGGACCCAAACUCAUCGUCCGAAGCGCGGCCUGUGACCUCCUUCCUGAGCCUGUCCCAGGUGUCCAGGCCACAGCUACCUGGGGAAGGUGAGGAGGAGGAGGAAGGGGAUGACGAGGCCGCCCAGGACAGCGAGGAGGCUGCCGGCCCCGCCCUCGGCCGCUGGCGUGAGGAUGCCAUUGACUGGCAGCGCACAUUCAGCGUGGGCGCCAUAGACUUCGAGCUGCUGCGCUCGGACUGGAACGACCUGCGCUGCAACGUGUCCGGGAAUCUGCAGCUGCCAGAGGCCGAGGCCGUGGACGUAGUGGCCCAGUAUAUGGAGCAGCUCCACGCGCGCCAUGGCGGGCGCUACUCGCUUCUGCGUAUCGUGAAUGUGGAGAAGCGCAGGGACUCAACCCGCGGGAGCCGCUUUCUCCUCGAGCUGGAGCUGCAGGAGCGCGGAGGCAGCCGCCUGCGCCUGUCCGAGUACGUCUUCCUGCGACUGCCAGGACCCCGAGCCGGGGACGGCGACGGAGAGAGCCCUGAGCCUACUCCCGCCACCCCCGAGCGCCCCGACGGACAUCCAGAGCUCUGCCGGCCACUGCGCCUGGCCUGGCGCCAAGAUGUGAUGGUUCACUUCAUCGUGCCAGUGAAGAACCAGGCGCGCUGGGUGGCCCAGUUCCUGGCGGACAUGGCCGAGCUGCACGCCAGCACAGGAGACUCGCACUUCAGCGUCAUCCUGGUGGACUUUGAGAGCGAGGAUAUGGACGUGGAGCGGGCCCUGCGGGCGGCACGGUUGCCCCGGUACCAAUACCUGAGGCGAACAGGAAACUUUGAGCGCUCCGCUGGCUUGCAAGCUGGAGUGGACGCGGUGGAGGACGCCAGCAGCAUCGUUUUCCUCUGUGACCUGCACAUCCACUUCCCCGCCAAUAUCCUGGACGGCAUCCGCAAGCACUGCGUGGAGGGCAGGCUGGCCUUCGCGCCUGUGGUCAUGCGCCUGGGCUGCGGGAGCUCGCCGGGGGACCCGCACGGUUACUGGGAGGUGAAUGGCUUCGGCCUCUUUGGGAUCUACAAGUCUGACUUUGACCGCAUUGGAGGCAUGAACACUGAGGAGUUCCGGGACCAGUGGGGGGGCGAGGACUGGGAGCUCCUGGACAGGGUCCUGCAGGCAGGGCUGGAGGUGGAGCGGCUCCGACUGCGUCACUUCUACCAUUUCUACCACUCCAAGAGGGGCAUGUGGGGCACACGCAGUCAGAAGGGCCCCCGUAAGGAGCGACCCUGAGGACCAGGCGACCCGGCCCUGGCACAGUCCUGUGGUGGUGGCUGGAGGCCAGGGUGCCCGGGGACUCGUGAUGGGGCACAGCCACCUCCUGUGCCUGCCCCUCUCUGGCCCUCUGUGCCCCUGCCCAGAGAGGCAGCCUUCACAGUCGGGGCCCAGCUUGGUCCCACACUCUGUGCGAUGAUUUCUGUGAAAUUUUGCAGUAGCGAUGACAUUGUUUUCAGGAUUUCCAAGAGUCUGUCUGUCCCGUUUUUUAUUCAGAGUGAAAUGAAGUAUUUUUUUAGUUCUGA